UUAUUCAGAUUUUAGAUCGGUGAAUUUCAGCUCAAAUUCAGAAGCCCAGCUCCUCACUCCAGAGAGCCCUAGCCGCCUCCACGCCGCCGCCUCCUCCAGCAAUUGCCGACUUCAAUCGCCACCGAUUAAGCAGCAGAUCAAUCCGAAAAAAGAAAGUAUGGUUAGGGCAUAUUCUCAAGAACACACAUACAAGCACCCCUGGGAAAGAGUAACCGCUGCAUCUUGGCGCAAAUUCUCCGAUCCAGAGAACAAACGAACUCUAUCCCACAUACUCGAAGUCGAUACUUUAAGCCACAAGCUGGAACCUGACUCAGGCAAACUACACACAACUCGCGCACUUACCAUCCACGCCCCUGGGCCAUGGUUUGUUCGUAAAAUCAUCGGCCAAGAUAUGUGCCACUGUGUCGAAUCAACGGUGGUUGAUGCACAGUCAAGGUCUAUGCAACUAACCACUCGUAAUAUUAGUCUCCAAAAGUUCAUUGAAGUGGAGGAGAAGAUUAGGUAUGAUCCUCACCCGGAUAAUCCAAACGGGUGGACUGUGUGUAGGCAGGAGACUAGCAUAAGUAUAAAGCCGUUUUCGAAGCUGGCUUCAAUGGCGGGGAAGAUCGAGCAGAAAUGCGUUGAGAAGUUUCAGCAUAAUAGUGUUAAGGGGAGAGAGGUUAUGGAGAGGAUCUGCAAGUAUCUUGAAGCUGAAUCUUCCGGUGGAAUUUCUGUCUGAUUUUUCGGUUUCUUAGUUUUUAACCUUUUUACAUCUUGUUGUUCUAAUCAUAAAAGAUGAGGAAUGCUAAUGCUGUCAUACUUAUAUGCAUGUCGUGUUUUCGAGGGUU